AUGAUCCCGAAUCUCAAAAUUGCAUAUCUAUUAUUGUUGAUUGUUCUUAUUGAUGUCGGUCAAGCAGCUUUUAGUAAAGUGCCACCACCACCAAGACGUCCAGAUCAUCUUCUUUCACGAGAGGAUUUGAAACAAUACUUACAAAAAGUUCAUGAAUAUCAUUCAAUUCUUGGUCGAUGGCGUCUUCGACGUGAACUUGAUAAACUUUCAUCUUUGCAUACUUUCAAUGAUGAUGCAAUGAAAUAUUUUGACGACAAUUAUGAUUAUAUUAAAACAAAUAUAUAG